AUGAGAAUGCACUAUAUGAGAAAAGGACAUCAGCUCGUCUGGGACUUUGCACUUGAAUACGACAGCGUUUCCGUUCUCCUCUACCAUUUGGAAAGAAAAGAAUUAUUGCUUGUUAAGCAGUUUAGACCUCCUGUUUUUAUUCACGCAGUCAGAGAAAGGCCAGAAAAUGUUGAAAAGUCUUUAAACGAGAUUGAAUGGAGUAAAUAUCCAAUAGAGUUGGGCGAGACGUUGGAACUUUGUGCUGGAUUAAUUGAUAAACCAGGAACUUCCACAUUGGAUCACAUCCAUCAAGAAAUUAUGGAAGAAUGUGGCUAUAAUGUGCCUACAGAUUUAAUUCAGCCAAUAAAACGUUAUGUGACUGGUGUUUCUACUUCUGGUUCCACACAACAUUUGUUUUAUGCAGAGAUUAACGAGUCAAUGCGCGUGUCUGAUGGUGGCGGUAAUCCGUCUGAAGGAGAAUUUAUCAAAAAAGUUUUUAUGAAGCCGGAAGAAGCAGUCAAAUUCCGUUCUGAUAUAAACAUUGCUAUAGCGCCACCUUCACUUUUGUUUGCUUUAACUUGGUGGCUAAAUGAACGGUGUCCUGCUUCUUAG